ACCCCAAGAUUAACUAAUAUAGACCUAGGUUUUAGAAUUAAGGGGGUGAAAUUUUGGGGAUAAGGUUUCAAAUUAAAAAUAAAUAUAAAUAUAAAUAUUAAAAUUUUCAAAAUAAAAAUGAACUAUUUUGGUCAUUUUUUUUCUUGAGCGCUAUUUUGUGACAAAAAUUUAAAAAUAGUUAUUUGAUAGAAUUGUCCUUAUUUUAUUCAUUCAUUUUUUUUCUCAAUCAUAAUUGGCAUCAUUUAUUUUCUUCUAGUCAUAUAAUACUGCAAUCAAUAAUUUGGUAACCUUGUGCUAUAUGUUCAACUUUAUAUGUAUGGUAAAAACGUUUAAAACAUUUAUGUAGUCUAAAAGCAUUUAAUGUAGUCUAAAAACAUUUAAAACAUUGACAAAAAGAAGAAGAAGAAAUAUUCAAAAGAAUUGGAACUUUUGGAAAAUGAUUUACAUAUUCAUAAUUUAUCUACCAUUUCUUAAGAGAUGUUAAUUUUUAUGUACCUUCCAAGAGAUGGCUCCUAAUCAAAUGAGACUUUGACCACAUACUCUUAUUAAUACUCGUCUGAACAAUCUCUUGUCACAAAGGACGUAAGAGGACGAGAAAUUUUCAGAAAGCCAAAUACAGAUGAAUUGUAAGUUACUUAGUUUUUCUAAUUCACAUAAAAAUAAAUCGCCAAUGAUUAUUCAUAAUUAGUUUGUUAAUUGACUGUUUGCUACAACUGAUAUCAUGAUACGUUGUCUCUUGUUUGAUCCUUCGUUGAUCGUAGCAAGAGCUCUAAUACGAUCAGCAACGAUCGUUCUUUUUCUAAUCGCGUUUUUGAAAAACGCUGCGGCUCAUAAAAGACAGCAAAGUAUUGUUGCGUAUCAUGGCGCGGUUGCAACGGACGAUGGACGGUGUUCGGAAAUCGGGAUGAAAGUUCUUAAAAAAGGAGGAAACGCCAUUGAUGCGUCGGUCGCUGCUGCUCUAUGUUUGGGCGUUGUGAGUCCAGCAUCUAGCGGUCUAGGCGGUGGAUCGUUUGCAGUGGUUAAGAUAAGUGAAGGGAAGGAAGUUGCUUAUGACUCUAGAGAGGUUGCUCCUCUACGGGCCACUGAGAAUAUGUAUGAUGGUAAUCAAGACCUAAAGAAGAAAGGAGCCUUAUCAGUAGCUGUUCCCGGUGAAGUCGCGGGUCUAUUCACGGCUUGGACACAACACGGGAAACUGCCAUGGAAGAAAUUAGUUAAUCCCGCAAGGAAACUGGCAGCUAAAGGAUUCAAGAUUUCAAAGUAUCUCUACAUGCAGAUGAACGCAACUAGUGAUGAUAUCUUAGCAGACAAAGGUCUGUCUGAGCUAUUUGUUUCUAACGGAAAGCUCAAAAAGCCAGGGACGAUUAUCCGUAACCCAAAAUUGGCUUGUACACUGAAGCAAAUCGGUAAAUAUGGUUCAAAAGCGUUUUACAAUGGUACGGUUGGGGACUAUCUGGUGAGAGAUAUACAAAAGUCUGGAGGGAUAAUAACUUUGAAAGAUUUGCAAAGUUACAAAGUUAAGGUUAAGGAGCCAUUAUCUACUGACAUUCUUGGAUUCCGGUUACUCGGUAUGCCGCCUCCUUCCUCCGGUGGUCCUGCUAUGGUGCUUGUUUUAAAUAUUCUUUCUCAAUAUGGGGUUCCAUCCGGUGUUUCGGGCCCUCUCGGUGUUCAUCGAUUAGUCGAGGCUCUGAAACAUGCAUUUGCAAUUAGAAUGAACCUUGGGGAUCCGGAUUUCGUCGAUGUUACCAAAGUUGUUUCGGAUAUGUUGUCUCCAGAGUUUGCAAAAGACUUAAAGAAAAAGAUUAGCGAUGAGAGAACCUUCAAGCCCAAACAUUAUGGUGCCAAAUGGAAUGAGCUUCAGGAUCACGGGACGAGCCAUUUGUCGAUAAUAGACAAGGAUAGAAAUGCUGUUUCGAUGACUAAUACAGUGAACUAUUUCUUUGGGGCACUAAUGCUGUCUCCGAGCACAGGAAUCGUUCUGAACAACGAAAUGGAUGAUUUCUCAAUCCCCAUGAAAUUCGUUGGCGACCGCAACGUGCCGCUACCAGCACCGGCUAACUUCAUCCGUCCAGGGAAACGACCUUUGUCCUCAAUGGCUCCCACCAUUGUACUUAAGGACGGUAAAGUUAAAGCCUCGGUGGGUGCAAGCGGAGGAAUAUUUAUCAUCGCUGGAACAACGGAAGUUUUCUUGAAUCAUUUCUUCCUCAACAUGGAUCCUCUCUCUUCCGUCUUGGCUCCGAGAAUCUACCACCAGUUGAUACCAAACAGAGUUUUGUAUGAGAACUGGACUACUGUUUACGAUGACCAUUUCGAGAUUCCUAAAGAGACAAGAGAUGUGUUGGAGAAGAAAGGUCACGUCCUAGCGCCGAUUGCUGGUGGAAUGAUUUCUCAGUUCAUAGUUCAAGAAUCCGAUGGGAAGCUUGUGGCUGUGAGUGAUCCAAGAAAAGGAGGGUUCCCUUCAGGAUAUUAAGACUUGAUAAAUUUGGUUCAAAUAAUAUUAUUUCAUCCAACUUGUCAUGGUUACAAACCUUUAAAUCGAUAAAUAAAAAGCGAUAAUAUCGAUCCAGAAUUAAAUUAUCAACUUUUUUUUUUUAUCAAAUUAAAUUAUUAACUUAUGCUCAUGGGGUUAGUGGAAACCGAAUAUAUUUGAUAAAAUAAGAAAAAAAUAGAGAUGAAUCAAUUAAUUUUUUUAAACA